GAAGUUAUUGAUAAACUGCUUGUUAUUUUAUUUCAAUUAAGGUUUGCCCUGGUAAUGAAUGAAAGGAAAUGUCAUGACAAGAUAGAAGUCAUAUUUUAAUUAAACUUUUAAAACUGUGCGUUGAGUAACCAUGAACUCAGCAAGAGGAGCAAAAUCCCCUUCAAAUCAUGAUCUCAAUAUAUUUUUGGAUAGACAGAUACAAAAUAAAUUAUUGGAAAUUGAUGAUCAGUUGUGGCUGACUGAUUACAUGGUUGAAUCAAAAGGAAACACUGAAUUAAAGGUGCCAAAAACUAUUAAAGUGUCUAGGAAUGAGGAUGUGACAGGAUGGUUUAGCAGUUCAAAAUGUGUACUACGCAAACUGGAAAAGGAAAAGCCAACUCCACAACCUUUAACUUACUCAUGGAGGGAACAAACACGAUUAAAAAACUUGAUUCAAAACAGUUUUGUGUUCAAACAUUAUCCUUACCAUCAAUCAUAUAUUGAACAAUAUAGGGAAGAAAAUUCUCAGUUAAGUGGAAUUAAAACAGUAACCCAAAAAGAAUCCAAUGAACCCCGGAAAAUAGCAGUUCAAAAUACUGCAACAAUAACAAGUGCACAAAACAAUAUCACUGCAUCAGGAAAUAACUAUUCUCAGAAUUCUGGUCAGAAUAUAUGCAGCCAUUGCAAUCAACCAUAUACUGUAUCAACAUCACAGCCUCUCAUAACUGCAGCCUUUAGUUACACACGUAGAGAAAAUACCUCCCUCUCAAAUGGUGCUUGUAAAUGUUCUCAAUCUAAUUUUAACCCCAUUCCUCAUUCAACAAGUUCUCAUACUUGCACUAAACACAACCAUCACCAACACAAAGAUGUGGCUAGUUUAGCCUAUAAGUAUAAACUUUCCAAGGAAGCAUUGAUGCACAAUAUUGCAUGGAAAUCAGAAUCUGACAAUUCAAGUGAGCAUGAAAAAGACCCAUUUAAAACACCUAGAGUAGCAUCUGGGAAAAGAUCAGCUGGAAAAGCACCUACCAAAGUCACAGUGCCAUCUCUACCAAAUGGUCACAAUAAAAACAUUCAAACAGUUACUGUCUCUUGGCGACUUCCACGCCAACAGAUUUCUCAGGGAAAGCCUAGUGGUGACGGUCUUUCUGUAGCUACAACCCAACAGAACUUACGUGCUUUAGAUGCUCUCAGUUGUGUUGCAGCUGAAAAACAGCGUAAGACACGUCCAUACAGCACAGUACAAGUACGAGCACUCGGUCACAUUCUGAUGGACACAAUCAAGGGAGUGGGUAUAAAACGACCAGACUCUAGACUCAUGUACACCGCUAUGGAUUUUUCACGAUCCAAAAGUGAAGACAGACCUUUGCCACCAGUAUUGCAGCUGCCAGAAAAGCCAGAGAGCAAAAACGGAAGCUUGGACGGCUCACAAGAACAUCUGCCUACUCUAGAAGACAGCGGCUUGAUCCUCCCAGAGGACAUAGCUGUGAUUUCUGACGAGGCAAGUGAUGUCAUCAGCAUCUCAAAGUUAUCUACCAUUUGUUUAGGAGCUGAUAUGAAAACAAGAGAAAAUGAUGGACUUGAGCAUUCCUGUGCAAUUCAACUUUUCCCUAACAAUGACAUUAUGAUGCAAAAUGCAAUGAGAGUUCUGAACUCAGGAACUGUGGUUUGGCACCCAUCUGCUUCAGUAACUCCAAGUCAAAAAGAGAAAUUUAAAAAAGAAUUUACUUUACAUAACCCUUCUCCUACAAUAACCCAUAAGACACCAGAUUUAAAAGAUUCCCAGAAAGUCUCUACCAACCUUCAUCGAUCUCAGUCAGAAGCCAGGAUUGAUUUUCCAAUCAUUCGUACAGAAUCCAGAUCUGGAAUGUUAGUGUCCGAUAUCAAUAUGUCUAAACAGGCAAAACUUGGAAAAAAUGGACGAACUUCCUCUAGUAUGGAAACAAGAGCCCCAUUGAUACCCAAAGGAAAUGUAAUGAAGAAUUUAAGGCAUAAAUAUGCUGGAUAUGUACGCAGUAAAAAUUUAAGAAAGACAAAAAGUGAAACAACAUUAUUUUCCUUACCAAAACCAUCCCCACCACAGACUGAUGGGAGAAGUAGUUCUGUAAAACCAUAUCCUUCAGAAUAUUCCAACUUCCCAGACAACAUGAAAGUUUCUCAAGUUUAUACACUUUGGAGCACAGAUGGAAAUCGAUCCACUUUUACAUCAAGUGAUAUUCAGUCUGCUUCUGGAUCUCGGUACCAGGAUGAGGAUGAAAGAAGACUUCAAAAAGUGGCUCAAUAUAUAUUAAAUGAGCAUCUUGACUCGUCUAUAGAAACCAGAAUGAAACAGGAAGUAGCAGUUGCUGAUGGGGUAGAGUUUGAUGUUCCACACACUUACUUUUCCAUAGCAUAUCAUGUUCACCAGAAAAAUGAUUUUUACACAAAUACCUUUAACAUGUACUUUGUUUUUAAUAAAAGCACCUCAAAAGUUUAACUGUCUGUUCACUUAACUUUUCUUUAUUUAGUUUUGUUUGAGCUUGAUUGUUAUUUGUAAAUGUUGAAAAAUGUUUUUUGGAAAAAUAAACAAUUAUUAAACAUUCAUUUCAGUCCUGCAGUAGUUGAUGCUGCUCUUUGGUUGUUUAAGUUAUGUUGUAAAAAUUUAAACCAUUUAAUAAUGGAUUCCUUGCAAACUUUCUGUUUGUUAAAACUAUUUUAGGUAGACAAAGAGGAAAAUUACAAUGCCUCACUACUUUCAAUUCUGCAAGUGCUAAUAUGGAAACCAAAAAAAAUACAUCAAAGAACGAAACUUUUUUGUGCAAUAUUCUUACAUUUCAAGAUACUAGUAUGAAGAUUUAAACAUUAGACGAGUGAACUGUUUUGUAUACUUGUCUUAAUUCCUAUGAAAUAAAAACAAAUGGAUAAAUGUGAGGUCAUUAUAUAUGUAUUAGAAUAUGUUACAUUUAAUUGCAUAUGUACAAGUGCUAAUAUAUAUUUAUUUUUGUUAUGAGGUUUUUUUUCACCUAGAUUCUCUGUGUGAUAUUCACUGCCCUACCUGCUUAUUGUGUAGUUUCUUUUCUAUCACUUUUAUUUUAUUAGAAUAAUUUUGACAUUUAAGAACUUCUCGCCGGUCACAAAUUUAGACAUAUUAGCAACCAUACAGUAGAACAGUUAGUUCAUUAACAAUUCCACAAUUAUACUAGAUUGUAAAACAAGCCCUCUAUCCAUAUGAAUAAAAAAAAAAUCAGAUUUAAUUUAUGCAUGGUUAUAAUGGUUGAAAUAAAGGGAGACAUGUUCAUGAUGACAAGAUUGUUUAUUAUAACGUUUGCGCUAUACAAGUUUAAAUCAUAAGUUGUGAUUGAGUUUUAUGAAUUGUGUGUUUAGCUCCAUGAGGAAUUACUGUAAUCUUUUUAAACACACCUAAUUGAAUAGUUUGUAAAGCAGAUAAACUGAAUUAAAAUGACUUUAGGAUUUAUAUAUUAUAAAAUUACUGCCAAAUGAAAGGAAAUAUUUGUUCUGUCACAAGAUAUUAUAAAAUAUUACAUUUUUUUUCUAGACAAAAUUCUUGUAUGGUGUAAUCAAAUAUAAAGUCUUAGGUUUCAGAUAUGUAAUUAAUUAAACACUGAACUGGAAAGGGGAUUUUAAAUGUACUAAUAAUAAAUUAAGGAGAUAAGGUAAUUAUGUACCCUAUGAUUGUGAAUAAGACAAAUGUCCACCUGACCUGACCUGAAACCAAAACACAUUGAUAUAAACUAAGUUUACAUAUAUAAAUGGUUAAUACUAAGAUCAAUUGAUGAUCUGGUAUGAUUAUCCUAAUAUGCAUUUCAUUUUAGGUUACUGUCACCUUACAUUAAUAUAAAUAUUAAAGUAAUCCCAAAGAAAAUGGUAGAAACGUAUUGCAUAACUUGUUAAACACUCCUUAUAUCCUUCUUGUGUUUUAAUUAUAGUCCAGAAAUAUCAAAGAUAUGAAAACACACAUAUAACAUUUUUUUUAAACUUACUUAUAGUUUUAAGAUUCAUUUUUGCAUGUAGUAAUAAUUAUACCUUUUUCACACUAAAGUUUUAUUUAGUUCAGAUAUUCUUGUUCUUUUCUUAUAAUCUAAUGAAGUGUUAAAAUUUUAAUUUUAGUCAUAAUAUUUGUUCAGGUUAAAAGUUGAUGAAAAAUAUCGGUUAUUAAUUGCAUUUUUUUACUUAUCAAUUGUAUUAAAGCUUAUACAUGUAAUACUUAUUUUAUGCAUACUACAGCAAGCACAUCCCAUUAGCUUUUAUUUGUAUUUAUAUUGAGUUAAUACAUAUAACCAUUCUAUAGAUGUAGUGUUAUAU